AUGAAGAACAGCCAGACGGGCCAAAACUACCGCGACCGCGUCGAGUUUUGCAAGGACUCCAAGGUCGAGUACGACUUCACCAACAACUACAGCGACCUGACCUUCUGGGACAAGCCGCUCGACGUCGACGCCAACACGAACCGCACGGCGCAGAUGCUCAAGUUUUACAACGACCUCAUCAAGGAUGGCAUGGGCGACUACGGCCACAUGAAGCCACUCCCGUCCGCCGAGGACCUCGCUAAGCUCAACCCGCCGUGCUGGAAGAACAGCCCGAUGUGUGCCAAGGCCGCCAACGGCUGCCGCCGCAAGCUGACCGCGCAGGUCUGCGAGGUCUGCUCGUCGCCUGCCGCUGACUGCAAGAAGCCGGGCCCGACCGACGCCGCUGCGCCGACGCUCAACAAGCAGUUCCAGCCGGCGCUCCCGACCAACGCCGCCGGUGUCACCACCGUCCCCCGCAGUGUCUCCAACAACGAAACGCUGGCGCCGGGUGCCGGCGGUGCCAGUGAAAAGACACCGAGCGCGGCCUCGCCCGUGUCUCUCGUCGCCGCUUCGACCGUCGCCGUCGCAGCCUUUUUGCUGGUGUAACUCGAAACGUCGAGGAUGCUUUUUUGCUAUCGUCGAGCGUCCCGUUCAGUAGUAUCAAGGGUCAAUAAUCAGAUGGUGUCUCACGCCCGUCCAAGCCUGCGGGGGAUGAUCCAGCUAAAGCCUCCGUAUCCGGAUGGUAAUUUUAUGUUGUUUUUCAUUAAAAUAGGCUCCGAGGCUGGCGACUCCCGCAUGGGUCCCUGUGCAUGUAGCGCCCAAAGCACAGCAUGUUGCGGCGCAUGAAGAUAACCCGCGCGUGCGCUAAUUGUUUUAUUAUCAAAUUGACCUUUUAAAC